AUAAACCUUUUUGUCUCAGUGAUUUUCGUCAAUACUGUGAUGUCAAAUGGAUUGUCUGAGAAUGUUAAUAUAAAGAAAUGGGAAACGUCCCGUGCGACUUUGUGUAAUGAGACAGCCCUGCUGUUGGAGAUGGAAGAGUGUGGGGAUAAAUUUAAAUGGGACAUGGAGCUCAUACAUCCAAUAAACUGGUGCAACCUGACACAUUUCAUCCGGAAGUACAACCACUUCUCCAACUGCACGGAAGGUAAAGCCUUGAGAACAGGUUGCUACUGGCCCAAUCCAGUGACACAAAACUAUGUUGUCCGUGUGCACCGUCAUUUCUUCUCCAACUGCACGCCUGAUCAUGUGGUCCUGGCAGACCCACCAGACAGCACACUUGCCGUCCUCAUCUUCAUCCCUGUCUUCCUCGCCUUGGCAAUGGUUGCACUGGUGGUCUGGUGCAGCAAGCGGAGUGAUUUGCUGGCAUAGGCUAUCUUGCUGCUGUGAAGAUCACACAUUGGUUCCCGAGAAGAACACCAAAAAGUGAUUGGAAAGAAUCAGAGCUAUAUUUGAAGUAUAAGGAACAUUUAUUUUGAAGUAUAAAGAAUUUGGAAUAUAAGGAAUACGUCUAUAUUCCCAGACCCCAAACAUUACACCAACAAAUAACUUUCUAAGGACUUCUUGAAGAUGCUACAUCCAUCCCAAGACAGCAAGUCUUUCAUUUGUCAUGAAAUGAUCAACAGUUGGCUGUCUACUACUGACAGUAAUGAGUAAUGGGAUUUUAUGUGUGUAAUGCUGUGUACUGUAUGUAAUACUAGUCUGUUUUUUAUUUACAAGCUGGCCUGUUACAGAGCAUUCUCUAAGCAGUUGCAUUUAUGUGUUCCAUUGACAGAAGCCUGUUUCUGUAAUGUUCCUCUGCUGAGAGCCCACUGCUGUGUACCUAAUACAAUAGAUCUCCAGGGUACUGGAAUUCCUUGUUCUGUGUUGUUUUAUGGCUUCAUUGAGGCUUGUUGCCUGCUUUGUCAGCAUCAGUAUCAUUACUCUGAACAACAAGACUGCAUUUGAAAGUUGAAUAUUAUGUUAUGUCUUGUUCUUGUUUUACCCAUCUUUAAAUUCUAGUGGGAAAAGCAGU